ACAGUACCACAACGGAGGGGAUGUCAGUCUCGUGCAGCACAUCGUUGCAAGUGGAUCGAAGGGUUUUCUUUGCUUCUUUACGAAGAUAGAGAAAGUCACACGCGUUUUAUUGAUAUUUGAACAUGAAUUUUUUCGAAUUAAUCGAGAACGCGAACAAAUCAUUUCGAUCAUCUUCACAAUCGAAACGUCAUUUUUGAAAAUUCUUUCGUAUUUAAUUAAAUUCUGUGUACUUUGGAUAAAUUAGUUAGUAAGACGUUUUAAUUUUUUAAAUCUUUUGCGACAAUCGUCAAUUGUGAUUGGACGUUUUUAAAGGUUAUCUACUUGUUAAAUGAUUUGAAUUUUUUGGCGCGUAAUUGAACAAAUUUAAAUAUUGAAAAAUCAAGAUGAAUGAUAAGUUUGUCAACGUUGCUAAAAGAUUUCUAUUCUUAUGAGACAUGAAUAAUGGACGAGUCUAUUAUAUUCUUGGAUGUAAUAAUAUCGAAAUAAUGUUAAUCAAAUCAGGCUUUUGUGUGUGUUCGGUCGGAUAAGAAAAAAGAAACUAAAGUUUUGUCAUAAUAUAAAAGAAAGAGACACUUAUAUAUAUAUAUAGAUAAAAAUAAAUACGAAAGAAGAAAGCAACAGCAACGUGCAACAUGGAAGCUGGGGAUUCCAGGAAACUGUCUCUCCUGCUAUGCCUCUUCCUUAUUUUCGCAGACGUCUUACAAGGUGGUAACAGCGAGGUUGAAGAUUUGGACUCGGAUGUACAGGAUUAUAAUACUGAAGAAGAUUACAAUGAUGUAUACGAUUCUACGACUAACGGCACCGAUGUUGGCGCGACAGCUGGCAGCAAAAGUGGAACUCUGAAAUUUGUCAGAACCCUCUCAAAUAUAUCGAAGGACGAAGGUGGGGUAGCUCAUAUGCGUUGCGAGGCUGUCGGUGAUCCACCACCAACCAAAAUUCGUUGGUACAAAAAUGAAGCACCAUUGGAAGAAAAACGGCCGAAAAUUACUAUCAGGAAGAUUCAUGCACAGGCACACGAACACGCAGCUAAAAACGUAGCCGGUAGUCGUUUAAAGAUCACGAACCUCGACGUCUCCGACGUUGGAUUUUACUCGUGUCGCGUGACCAACGGUAAAGAUCAGAUUCAGAGUGAGGGAACUUUACGGGUCGAUUCCACUCAGAAAUGGCAAGCUCCAGUAAGCCCAAUUGUUCAUUCCGAUAAUCCAACAUCAAACACCGACGAAUUUUCAUCCGGAUUACCAGCUGGUUCUAGUUUUAUCGAAGGAAUGGAUAAUACUAACAGACUGGACAUCUCAGGGAUUGGUAUGUCAACGCCACACAUCUCUCAUCUGGCACCAACAAAUUCUUUGAAUGUAUUAUCACCUAGUCCACAACCGACUAGUUCCCAGUCAAGCACUGUGGAUUUUAGUACACUCAGUGGCCUUAAAAACGUCAAUAUACAAGUACCAUCGGGUAUGGUCAAUUUUGCUGGAUUUCCUGGUAUGAAUUCAAUACCUGGAAAAAAAGACAAUCAUGAAGGAACUUGCGAAACCUACGUAGGUAAAACCUGUGCACAAUUUGUUGGAAAUCAGACCGUUUACAUUUUGUAUCCAAUGACGCAGAAAUUACUCGAAGACAAAUUGAUUCAAGCUUUCGGUGUUAUAAACUUUUCUAACGAUUUAUCUUCCAAUUGUGAAAGCUAUGCCAAACCGUCGUUAUGUUACUCAACAUUUCCUAUUUGUCGAAAUCCACCAAAUAAUCCUAAACCAAAGAAUAGUGAAUUCUCUGAAUUCAGUAGUAAAUUGUUUAAUCGCCUUCAAUCAAAUCAAGAAGAACAUUUAGAAGACGGUGAAGGAGAGGACUCCGUAGAUGAAUAUGCAAGAACACAUGGACUACGUAAAAAAAGAAAUCCUACACUAGGUCCUGGUUUUGAAUUUAAUCCAAGCAAGGAAAGAAAAGGAGGUAAUCAGAAAAUAAUCAAUCAAAGCUAUGGAGACAAUCGUUCGUCAAAUAAAAAUGAGAUGAAUCGAAAAUUACGAAGAAUAUGUCGCGAGGAAUGUGAAUUGUUGGAAAAUGAAUUAUGUAGAACGGAAUAUGCUAUAGCAAAAAGACAUCCACUUAUCGGACAAGUGCCUUUACUCGAAUGUUCUGACUUACCGCUCAAAGGCAGUCCAGAAGCUCAAGAUUGUUUGAGCGUUAGUAUUUCUACUGAAAAUGAUGUACAAGAAAACGAAUACUGUUAUUGGGGUAACGGAGAAUCUUAUCGAGGUGCUGUGAAUACCAGCAUUAGUGGUAGACCUUGUUUGAAAUGGUCUCAUCUAUUAAUGAUUCAUAAAUACCCUGUUUGGCGACAUUCUUAUUGUAGAAAUCCAAGCGGUCAAGAUUUACAACCUUGGUGUUUUGUUGACGCUAAUAAUAGAAUGCAAAAAGAAUUUUGUCAUAUACCUAAAUGUGUUGAAAAUUUGUGGAUUUAUGGAGUUGUUGGUUUUGUACUAAUGGGAGGGUUUGUUACUAUAAUUAUUUGUUAUUGCUGUUGCUACAGAAGUAGAAAGUCCAGAAGACAAAUGAAUCAUUUACCCUCGAAUAAAAUGUUAACUGGAAUACAUUGCGACAAAAACAUAUAUGAUGGAAGACGCAGUGCUACGCAACCAAUGGAAAUGAGUUCUCUUUUAGCUGGACCCGGUAACACGACUCCAGGUACAGGAACAUUAAGUAGUGGUAGUAGUAGAACUUCGAAUAACAGAGUACCUCAAUUUACCACAAACAACGUGGUAUUAUUACAAGAACUUGGAGAAGGUGCUUUUGGAAAAGUAUAUAAAGGCGAGCUACAAACUGGUAAUAAAUGCGAACCACCAAUAUACGUUGCUGUAAAAACUCUAAAAGAAAAUGCAAGUCCAAAAACACAAAGUGAUUUUAAAAGAGAAGUCGAUCUCAUGACGGAUCUUCGACAUCCAAAUAUAAUCUGUUUGUUAGGUGUUAUAUUAAAAGGAGAACCGAUGUGUAUGUUAUUCGAAUAUAUGACGCAAGGAGAUUUACAUGAAUUUUUAAUCUGUCAUUCACCAAGAUCAGAUGUUCCAUUGAAUAAUGUAACUGGAAAGAUAUUAGAACAACCAGAGUUUCUUCAUAUUGCAUUGCAAAUAGCUUCUGGUAUGGAAUAUUUGGCCAGUCAUCACUACGUUCAUCGAGAUUUAGCUGCUAGAAAUUGUUUAGUAGGAGACAACUUGACAGUGAAAAUUUCUGAUUUUGGAUUGUCUCGUGAUAUUUAUAGUAGUGACUAUUACAGAGUUCAAUCUAAGAGUUUAUUACCAGUUCGAUGGAUGCCACCUGAGUCAAUUUUAUAUGGAAAAUUCACUACGGAAUCAGAUGUUUGGAGUUUUGGUGUUGUAUUAUGGGAAAUUUAUAGUUAUGGGUUACAACCAUAUUAUGGGUACAACAAUCAAGAAGUAAUCGACAUGAUACGUUCUCGUCAAUUACUACCAUGUCCAGAAGAUUGUCCAACGAUGAUCUAUAGUUUGAUGAUAGAAUGUUGGCACGAAGUAGCCAAUCGAAGGCCACAGUUUCCAGAAAUUCAUCACCGUCUACACAAUUGGUAUAUGAAUCAAACAUAUUUAAGCGAUUUUUGCAACGAAUCGAUAACCAGUUAUUCUGGUAGUAGUCAUAAAAGCACGAAUAAAACAAAUUCCACACAACUGUCAGCACCAAUUUACAAAGGUGAUCAAAAGGAUCAAAUGUUUAAAAGCAACAUGGAUUCAUUGGUAUGCAAUUUAAAUGAUCACAAUAAUGCCAUGAAGUUACAUCAACAAAACUUUUCAAAUGUUGUUGAAUCGAUCGAACAAAGAUCUGCUUGUAUCUUUAACGAACAUAGUACACCAGCAAAGACUGUUAAUUACCAACCACCUCCAAAUACAAAUAUUAAUUUAAACGACUAUGAUGAAAAACAGUGUUGCUCACCUAAACUAAGCGGUGCAAAGAAAGUUUUACCUUCUGUUCCUCAACCAAUAAUAGGUAAAACAAACGCAUCUAAUGGCACGAGACCAAUGCAAAACGGUGCACAAUUAGUUGUCAGGUUACCAGAUCCAAGCAAAGUUACAACUGAAACCAGGGUAUCUAAGUGAAAAUAAAACGAUUAUUUCUAAAAGACUUAUAACUGAGAAGACACAUUUCUAUAAUAAUGCAUUUAUAUGUUUUCACAAGCAAAGUGAAAUCGCAUUUGAAAUAAGUCGACGUUUGAUCCGAUGAAUUCAUGAUCAUAUAUAUAUAUAUGUCAUGUGAUAUUUUAUAAAUUAUAUUUACUUAGCUCCUGUAAAAUGACUCGAGGUGUUUUUUUAAUAUUUUUUUGUUUAUUGUCACCUUUUUUUACAACUAACAUGCGAAUAUUUCGCGUUAUCCCAAUGAUUGUAUUCAGGAGAAAUAUUUCAACUUAACAUACGGAAAGUUUUUAUAUUCGUAUUAAAUAUUGUUUUGUAUUGAAUGAGUACGGAAACAUAAAGGAAAAAAAAUGUUUAUUGUUAAUAAAUAAUUAGAGAGAUUUCAGUGUACGUUUAAUUCUGAGAAUUCUGACAUAAACACAAUUUUCUUGGAAACGAAAAUUGAAAAACGUAAAAGUGUUACUCGAUUCUCUUCGACUUUUUUUCUAUAUGUAAAAAUAUCAUUACCUGUUAUGCUGAAUCUUGUAUAUAUACUA